AUGAAUGGCAAUGGAUCACAUCCGCACAGCUUGGAUGUUGAAGCUGGGUCACCGUCGUCGUUGCGACCAACCAAGCCGGAGGAUACACUUAUGACGCCGCCGAUGGCCAGAAAAUCGAAAUCGGGCAAAUACAAAUGCAUCUGCCUGUGUGUGACCGCCGCAAUAUUAGGACUGGGCUUGCUGUUCCUAAUCCUAGGGCUUACUGUCUUCAAGGUCAAGCGGCCCCUCACCUCCGUCGAUUCCGUCUCCCUCGACGAUCUCGACUUCUCUGUCGAUUUCUCCAGUCUCCGCCUCCGCCUCAACCUCACCCUCGACCUCCGCAUCUCUGUCACCAACCCCAACCGCGUCGGCUUCAGGUACGCCAACAGCACCGCCCUCCUCCGCUACAGGGGCGACGAGGUCGGCCAGGUCCCCGUCCCCGCCGGCCGGAUUGGCGCCCGCGACACACGCUCCCUCAACCUAACCCUCACGCUCAUGGCCGAUCGACUCCUCGCCAACUCCGCUAUCUUCUCCGACGCCGUCUCCGGUAGGUUGCCCUUUCAAACUUAUGUCAGGCUUGCCGGAAAAGUGCAGAUCCUGUUCAAUUUUCACGUCGUCACCUACAGCACUUGCGACCUCGAAGUUGCUGUUUCCAGUCGCACGCUUUCCAACCAGAGAUGCCACUACAGGACCGAAUUAUAG